AUGCUUCCUUAAGGAAUUAACCAAAUUGUAUAUGUUAUAUAAUAUUUUAUAGAGGAGUUGAAUUAUUCUUAAUAGCUAAAUAAAAAUCAACAAUCAUCUUGGGUGCAAUCUGGACAAUUGGACAUUCAAGGUGGUACUCACUUGCAAAGCCAAUUUAUUAAUAGUCGGUAUGAUAUCAAUUUACUCUAAUUAAGACCUUUUCAGGGAAAUAAAGAGCUCUAAGUAUAACAAAGAUCAAAUCUACAAAAUUCUAAUUCUCAUGUAAUGACUACUGAAAAUUGGACAGAAAGCGAUUAUGCUAAGCAAUUCGAAGAAUGGAGAGCCUUAAUCUAAUAACAUUAAGACUUUAUAAACUAGUUGGAGAAUGAUAGAUCAUAAAUUUCAAUGUCCAAUGUCAUCUUGGAAGAAAUAUUGAAUAUCAAAACGAAUAUCUUAAACAAUUCAUUUGUAACCAAAGUAUCCGAGUAUGAGGAUAUCGUUAAACCAUAAGCAUAUUAAAUGGCAAUGAAGAAUGAAGAAUUGUAGAAAUCAUUAGAGAUUCUUAAAUAAACUAAUUAAACGCCCAUUAAUAAAUAUGCUACUCUAUAAAAUGAGCCAGCAUCAUCUAAGUUGAAUACUCUAAAUUUCAAUCAAUAAUUUAACAAUGUUAAGUUGGAGAUACAAAAUUAAAUCAAUCUGAUUAAUACUUUACUUUAAUAGAUAGGAGCCUAGAAGAGCUAUAUUGAACCAUAAGAUAAUUAUCAAUAGAUAUUAGAAAAUGCACACAACUCCUUAUUGCAAUAUGUUAGAGAAAGAAUGACCUCAUCAAUUAAUUAAUUGUUGUUUAUUCAUGAGAGGGAAGUAUUCAAUUUAGAGAGAUAAAUUCAUUCCCAGAUUCAAGAACCUGACACUCUCAGUAUUACAGUUCUAACAGAGAAACUAAUGAUGAUUGAAGCCUAAUUGGAAAAGUUCUAGGAAAAGAAAUUAGAAUUAAGGGACUUUAAGGAAAGAUUGACUCAACUAAUAACAAGAAAUAUUGAUAUAUUCUCAGAGUAUUUUGAUGAUGUGGUCACUUUACAUAAAUAAUUUAAAAUGUUUUAUCAAGAAAUUAAGUAAAUCUAAUAGAUUCCCAAUUAGCCAAUCUUAUAGAAUAUGCAAAUUAAGAUUAAGUAGUAAUUAUAACUUGCAGCAAAGAAGGUUUGGUUGGAAAUCAAAAAAUUAUAUUUCAAUGGAAGCAAGAUUAAAGAGUUUAAUGAGGAAGAGAAAUUUCAAAAGUUUAGUUCAUAAAAUAUUGUAGCAUAAGUUCAAUACAUCCGAUCAUUUAUGAAACAAUUACAAACAGAUUAUAUUAGAAAAGGUAAUUAAGUUCCUUUAGAAGAAUCUAAAAAAUUAAAACAAUAAAUUUAUAAGGCAGAAUGUGAUUAUAGUGAAACAAAUUAAUUGAGAUUGUAAAUAUCUGAAUUAGAGCAAUAAGAGUUUAUUGGAUAUCGAAAUUACAUAAUCUCAUAAUUAAGACCUAAAUUUUUUAUUGAUUUUAGUGAAUUAUAUGCCAAAGACUUUUACGAUAUCAUUCAUUUCUAAUAUGCUGACACCAAUAUUUUAGAAUCCAUCAAGAAAUUACUCUAAUUUAAAUUUCCAAGCUUUGAUUGGAGUGAAAAUAUUGAAGAUGAAAAGUAGAGAAUCGAAAUAGUGGUACAAAGAUAUUAGGAAGUAACUGCCAAACUCUAAAAUUUAGGGGAAUCAUAUCCAAGUGAGACCAAAUUUAUUAAACAAUUAAGCAAUUGGAAGGCAGAACUGUUUAAAUGCAUCAACAUUUUGAAACAGUACCUGCUUAUAAAGGAAGAACUAAAAGGUCAAUUAAUAACACUUUUGAAAUGGCCUCAAAUUACAUCGGAUCUCUAAAAAAUCAAUUAAUUUAGCGUGCAUUGUGAAUAAAUUAGUAGACAAGCAAAUCAGUAUUUCUAAGCCAUCGAAUAGUUACAAUAAUUGUAAUUGAUUUAAAACUUAGAAUCCUUAUUUAAACAAUAGAUUCCAAAAGUAAAAGAGUAUUUAAUUGAACAAUGCAAUUUUCUUACUUAGAGAGAGUUCUCUCCAAUAAUCAAUGAAUAAAUACAGAUAGUCUAUUAAUAUUUAUAUGUAUGUAUGGAAUGCUUAAAUUAUGAUAUUGAUGAGAUAUUUUGUGCAACAACUACAUAUUAAGAAUUCGAGAAUACUUUGACUGGUUCCACUAAGUUACAAGAAUUAAAGAAUGUCAUGGAUGGCAAUAUUCAUAAUUCUGCUUUGAGAUACAAACUAUUUGAAAUUAUUGAUAAAUUCAUGAAAGAAAAAAUCAUUCUUGACUUUAAUAAUUUAUUCGAAUUAAAAUUGUAGCAGAGCAGACAAUCUACAAAUGAUUUCAAUCCAAAAGAAUUAGCAAAAAGAACAGACUUAAAAUUUCCUAUCAAUAGACCUGAUAUUUACGAUAAUUACUAUUGCAAAUAGAAUAUGGAUAAAAUUAACUAAAUAAUAGACUAGCCAGAUCUUAGGGCAAUAUUCCAAUAAUUCAGAGAAUUGUUACAUAAUAUUAUUGCUGUUAUCGAUUAAGAUAAUUCAGUGGCAGAUAUCAAUGUUAAUCAAAUAACUAUUAUUGAAUUAGCCUGCAUCUUUGCAUAAUAGUUGCAUGUUCAAAAUGAUUUAACCAAUAUCCAACCUUUAAUCAGAUUUCAUUAACAAUUGUGUAAGUUUCCAAACACAAAAAGAUUUCAAAAUCAACUCAUUAACUUAGGAAUUGUAUUCCCAAUUGAAUAUAGUAAAUAUUUAGAAGCCUGUCGAAGAAGAGUUUAGAAGUUGGCUCAAAAUAUUUGCAUAGAGUUUGAAUCCUCAGAUUUUGAAGAAAUUUCUUAAGCCAAAUUGUGUUUAAACAACAAUGAAUACGUAUUGAGAUAAAUUGAUUUUCCAUUACUAUAUAUGGAUGCAAAGUCAUUGAUUUUGGAGUAUCAGCCAUUAACCUUUAAUUGCAGUCUAAAUGUUAAAAUAAAUGGGAAAUUGUUAAAGUAAGGUUAGACUAUUCAAAUAUGA